UAGUCUAGAUGUUAGAAUGAGAUUGUACACCUUAUAUCGCGGAAAAAUAAUUAUAGUCUGUGCAGUAUUAGUUACUUUGCUGUUAAUUUUUAAAUAUUUGGUUGUAACCAAUAAUUAUACCCUAGAUCUAGAUGCACACCAUUUGAAUAAAAAUAAUAAAAUAAAAGAAGAAUCAGUUCUUUUGUCCAGUGCAGUCAAUGAACAAGAAAUUGAAAUGGAAGGGGAGCAGCCUGCUAGUAAAGUCUGGUUAAAGCCUGCUGUUUCUGACAACAAUGCACGUCAAAAUAUUUCAGUCAAUAAAAUUAAAAAAGAGGGUAAAAUCCUCAAAAUUGCAAAGUAUUCUUCAAACCAAGAUUACAAUAUUAUGUUUCUUUUUAAUAAUGCAGAAGAAAAUAAUGUACUUCAGGAUAAUUUUGCAAGAUGUAUUGAUUCCUUGUUAAGAAAAAGUUAGGAUCUUCAUAUUCAUAUUGUAGGAGAUUAUAUUAGUUUUAAUAUUGCAAAAAACUUACUUUUUAAUAUUGCAAAAAACUUACUUCAACAACUGAAUCAUGGUAAAGUAAAAGAGGUAAUUCAUUAUGAUAAAAACACCUUACAAGGUCAUGUUUUGAGGACAAUCAGCAAUGUUCACGAACAACUUAGUGCAAAAAAUCAUCAGUUCAGUGAUCCAGUUUUCUACAUUUCUAUUGUGCUUCAUAGAAUAAUGCCAUUCAAUAUUUCUAAAAUAAUUCUGUUGGAUAUUGAUUUAGUUUUUAAAUCUGAUAUUGCUGAUUUAUUUUCUUUAUUUCAUUAUUUUGAUAAAGAACAAGCAAUAGGAAUUGCAAGAGAAAAUCAACCUGUUUACAAAAAUGUAUUUUGGGAAUAUAGAUCAAAUCAUCCAAAAUCAAGAAUAGGUGACCCUCCACCAUUUGGACUAACAGGAUUCAACAGUGGUGUUGUGCUCUUAGAUUUAGACAAAUUAAGGACAUCUUCAAAGUACAAUUCUUAUUUUACAGAAAAUGUUCUUUUGACUCAAGUUAAAAAGUAUAAAUUCAAAGGUCAUCUUGGAGAUCAAGAUUUUUUUACUUUAUUAUCUUUUGAAAAUGAAGAGUUAUUUUUUAUUCUUCCUUGUGGAUGGAACAGACAAUUGUGCACAUGGUGGCGCCGUGAUGAAUUUGUUAAGGAUUUUGAUUUAUAUUUUAACUGUUCUGGACCUAUCAAUGUUUGGCAUGGAAAUUGUCAGAGCUCAUUGUUAAAUUAUACCUUGAAUGACAGACGAUCCUGGCUACGCCACUGACUAAGGCAUCGCAGAUUCUACAUAGAUCUAGAAAUAGUCUUUUUAAAAUGUAAGCAGUGUUAAAGGUCUACAUUUAAAAUGUAUAUUUCGGCUUAAAUACAAAGUAAGCAAAUAAUAUGAAAAACCACAAUUAAACGUUAAUAAUUAUAGAGUCUAUAAU